AGUAAGAAAACAAAUUACAUUUUUAAGUUAACAUUUUUGCUUUCAUCCCGAAGUUCGCUUGUAAUUACAGGGAAUGUAGUCCUUUUCUCAUUACGUUCUUUGUCUAUAAUGAACUUUUUUUAUAUCAACAAGCGCGCAAGGUUUUUAUGUGGAAGGAUUUCAUCUACAAUGAAUAAUUUCGCUUUGGCUUGAUUCAUCAGCGCAAAACUAUCUUCUUGUUCUUAAGUGUUCAUGAAGUUAAUAGCAUACGAGCUGCGUUAUAAUACAAAUAUCGGAAGUUGUAUAUACAUUUUAAAUGCUUGGGAGAAGAAGAAGCAUUUUCAGUGGAAAGAUAAAUUUGCUAAAAUAAAUAAGCGUUGACGGAGAGGAAGCAAAAGCAGCGUGCAUUUUUCAAAUAUAAAGAGCUGAAAUUCUGAAUAAUUGUUAAUUCGAAAAACACAGUUUGAUUUAUUCAUUAAAAAAAUAUUCACUUUAAUUAGUAUUACUAAAAUAUGCCUGCUGUUGUGCGAGUAAAAAGAAGAAUCGACGAAGAACCUUUGUCUGCCUUUGUUUUAAACGGUAAAAGACGAAGGCUUGCAGAUGAUAAUGCCUCAUUUGCGGAACAAUCGAACGGUAAAAUUGUCACCAGCAAAGAUGAGAUAUCAACUUUACUAAAAUUUGCCGGUACUUUGAGAGAGCAGGAUGACACGGCCACAACUGAAUUCGCCAGACUCACGAAAACCGAGGCCAAAGAAAUGGUUUUGCAAAAGAGUGUGCGUAAGCCCUCAAACUGUACUGAAAAAGCACGACAAGAAAUGCGUCGACAUUUGCAUGAACAACGAUUUCGUGUAGUGAAUUGCUUGAGAACUACUUUGGAGACCUCAGAUACUCACGAAAAUCCAGCUGCUAAGAACUUAACUAUAGUGGAUAUAGAGAAACAGCAAAAUGACAAGGCUGCCACUCUUAACAAUAACGUUGCAACAAACAACUUAAUGGCUUCAACUUCUUCAGCGGCAGGUGAAGUUGGCUCGCUACAUUUUACCAGUACCGACACCGAUACUGGUUACGUUUACGACUUGUAUUUACCAGAUAAUGAGCAACAGGCUGAUUAUGUUGAUCUUAUGGAUGACAAUUACUUAAGGUUGGUGCUUCAUGUCGAUAUGUUAAUGCUUACAAAUCGUUUUAUCUAAGAAAGAGAAUGGUAAAAUAUAAAAAAAUCAUAACUAAUGUUAAAGAGAUUGCUGCGUACUAUAAACAUAAAUAUUUUCCUUGCAUUUAAUGCAUCCCUUUGAUUAUAAUUCAUACUUCCUCGAAGCUGAUAUUUCUUGCCUAAGGAAGUGUCUUUGAAGUUUUUAUAGCUACAUGACUUUCGCGCCGUCGCGAACUCAACUCAAACACUUUUUUCUAAAAUUGUUUUUAACGUUUGUUUCGUUCAUUGUAAUCUUGUUAAUCUUAUUUGAUGUCUAUGUUAAUGAUGUUUAGUUUAGAAGCAAACAAUUUAGAAAUCUUCUUCAUCUUUCUACAAUUGUAAUGAAUGAUUGAAGCUGCACACUAAUUGAAAUAGUGACUUAAAGUUUAUUAAUUUUUAUUUAUUUUUUUUAAAUAGAGGAAAGUGAGUGAAUGUAGGAGAAGUGCAUUUUCUGCGUCAAUUUAUUGCCACAUUUUGCACAUACAAAGAAAGUGAACGGUCAUAAGACAAAGGGUCAAUUAAAAUCGAAUGGUUGGUAGAGAAUUUAUUUUUGGUAAAUCAAAAAAAAAAGGAAGGAUUAUAAUCGUAGAUAGCUGAAUAAGUUAAGAGUUUUAAAAAAGAAAAGUAGCCGUCUCCCUACAGGAGGCUCGUUUUCACUUACUGGUUUGUUUACUAGUAGGUUCUCUUAAGCUCGUGAUAGAUUUUUCAUAAUGAAAUCAAAACUUUUUCCUAAUUUUGAAAACUUUUCGAAACGCUGUGAAACUUUGUUACUGCACCGUAAAUUAAAAGAAAUAUAGCAAUGGUAUCAUCGAUCUAUAAAAGAUAAAUCGAUACCUUUACUAUAAAUGUAGUAAUCUUUAAUAAUUGAAGUCUAACUUCUUCUUUUUUUUAAAUUUUAUAUUUCUACAUAACCUGUAUACGAAUGCAAAAAAAGGCUACAAUAAUCCUUUUAUAAUGAGGUAUGGUUUCCGCCAAACAACUUGCGUAUAUAUCAAAAUAAAUAAAAAAAAAAAUUUCUCUGCCAAAUAAUUAAUUAAACGUACAUUCGUAAUGGAAGGAAUAAAGAGAGAAGAUAAAACAUUCCCACACUAUAUAAAAAAAUUAGAAAGCUCGUCAAAUAUUAGAGAUCAUUUUUUCCACAUUUCAUGUUUUCUUGAUACAUUUAGGAUAAUAAUUAUAACAUAAAUUUUACAUUGUUUUACUUUCGUUUAUCAUUUCUCUUCUACGCUUAAUUUUUCUUUUGCGCCUUUUAAAGUUUCAUUUUUUAACAAGGGGGCGCAGGAAGAUCAUAAAAUCAUGUAUCGUCUAUAGUUUAGACCAAUCAAAAUAUCGAAAUGUAUAUAAAAUUUCAAAUUUUUAAAAAUUUCCUUUUAUCUGCAAGAGUAUUAAGUUUAUUAGUUUAUGUGUUAGGAUUAGAAAAAUUACACCUUAUUCUCUUUAAGGCAGAAAAAUAUACCAACUUGGCUAAGUAUAGUGGGAAUAUGGGUUGCGUGUCACCAAAUGCUCGGGAAUAAGAAUUAAAUAUUUCAUUUACAUUUUUUCUUUACUAAUAAAUAAAUGGGGACUAAGCGAUAACUGACUUUCUCCUGCCGUUCAUCUUCAAGCAUUCGCAUUCGAUAGAAAUACUAUAUAGUUUCAAAUUUAAUUUAGUUUUUGUUCUUACGCUCUAA